UAAAUUUAUACUCGCCUUGCCUUAGCAACGUUGUAGCGACACCGUUUCAUGUGGAAAAAUCGCCAUUGUAAAUAAAGUUUUAAAGAACUUUAAAAAUUUGAAAGAUGGCACAGGGGGAUCCUAUGAAGUGGCAUAUGCCUGGCUGGAGAAUAGAACAACGGUUUUCACCCGGGGUGUUGAUAGGAAACUGGGGCGAGGAGAGAUACACCUUCAAGAAAGGAGAUACAAAACAUAACAGCACACAUAGAGUUGACUUCAGAAACUAUGGAACAUAUAAGCCUGACGUCAUAGUUCGACGAAAGGCCUUAAUGAGAAAUGAUGGACUGGGCCAGGAACACAUCUUUCACCACCACGGAGAUAAGUACAUGCAGAACAAGAUCUCAUGGUACGACGAGCAGUACAAUGGACGAUACAAAGAGAACACACUACCAUCAUUACGAGAUUGGAACAGUCACAAGCUCUCCUGGGCACCAGAGAAAUCCGAUUAUCCACUACAGGGUAAGCCCACAAACUUUGGGUUGCAUGAGCAGUUACAAUCUAAAUGGAAGGACCAGAUUGCAGAUGAAGUCAAGGGAGAUUACUUGUCUACCUACCAGAAUUCGUACGUAGGACCCCCUAGAGAAAAUCUGGUCAGAAAUCGGUUUGCCAUUUCUAAAGAUAUGUCAACAACUUUACAUCCAUACAACAAAGUCAACAAAGACCUUCACUUGAGGAACACAGUAGCAUUCAAAUCACCAGAAAAACUCCCCGACCUAGUAUAUACAUAAAAAUUGUAGAAGUCUUUACUUUCAAUGAAUGUCUCUUUUUUAUCUAAAUCAUGUAAUACUCAUUUAAAACUGUCUCUACUUAUGUUACUUCAUCAGCCUUGUUUCUAAAUGUAUACAGAUAUUUUUCAUUACUCCGUCAUUUCUCAGCCCUAUUACAACUCUGUCACACCUGUAAAGUACAUACAGUAUACAUGUAUAUCAUAUACUGUAUUGAAAUACUGUACUAUUUCUAGUCUCUGUGAGUAGUUAUAUAGUACUUGUAUAUAUUUUUUUCAUGUGGUACAUUUUGUUUUGCAUCUGUAUGCUAGCCUAAGCAUAGUUAAGUUUAGAGGCUAUAUAGUUAGGUAAACUUGCAGUAUUAAAUUUCAGUAUUGUAUUCGUGCCAACUCCUAUCUGCUGUUUGGUGAUUAAAUCAUAUUGUGUGUAUCCAAAUACAUACACAUCAUACUGAUUGUAAGCUUCAUGACAGUGAACUCUUGAGCAGAAUGGCUUGAUUUUUAAGUUUACAAGUUUAUAAGGGUCAACCCAUGACAGUAUUUUUAAUUGAUAAGUGUAAUCUGUUAUACUGUGAUACAUUCUAUGAAGCAGAAAACGCUCAAUGAAAUUCAGUUUACAUUUGCGGUGAUAGUUUAUCAGUAUUUUGUUAAAACCAAGUAUUAUAUAUUUUUGUGUAGACUGUAGAAUUAAAUUAUGUACUUUUUCUAAAUCAAAGUGAGAAAAUGAAGUACUUCUGGUUUUAUAGUACAUGUACAAAUCACAUUAUGAUGUUUUUGGAGAACUCUUUAAUUUAUUAAUGUAGCAAUUAAUGUAUUUAUUAACUGCUGGUAAACAAUUAAUCUUUAAUAAAUUUCUUAAUGAUUGUGCUGAAAAUGAUUAUAAAAACAUAAUUUUA